CAGUGUACUUUUCGGGGGGUCCCGAGAUGUUACGUUCCGCGGCUCUGCACUCCUCGCGUUCCCGCCAAAAAGUCAGUGUGAGCAUGGAAUAGCUAUUAACAUAGAUAAUACACUGAAUUUAUUGUUGCUAGUGUAAUCUAUAAAUUAAAUAUGUCAGGUUUGGAAAAUAAAUAAUAAGUUCGUUGUCUAUGUUAAUCGCUCAAGUAUAAAGAUUUCCGUGAAAGGUUAGAAAGUUAAAUUUAAAAUGAUUAGUGCGCUAAGAAACUCUGUACGGGCUUCAGUUACAAGCGUAGUGAGAUUGUUCCAAACGAGUACGCCUCAAGCUACUGAAAAGUUUGUUCAUAAACGUAUUCCUGCUCCAGACGAAGGAGUCCAAGGAGAGAAGAUCAUUGAUCUUGAUUCUGCUCUGAAGACGAAACAAAAUUUAUUUCCAACCUUAGAAUCAGAUUACCAACUGUAUAAUGGAAUUCCCUACAAGGAUCUACCGAUAUGCAAUAUCCGUGUUAGCCAUAACAAUACAAUAUUCACAUUAACCGAACCCGAUGGCAAGGUCAGAAUCAUAAGAUCAUGCGGCAUGGAAGGAUUCAAGAACACCAAAAAAGGAACCAACAUUGCUGCUCAAACUACUGGAAUAACUAUUGCAACUAAAGCUGUUGUCCAGGGAUAUAAUACUGUACGAGUAAGAGUCCAAGGCUUGGGACCAGGGCGAUUGUCUGCAGUCAAAGGCUUACAAAUGGGGGGUUUGAAUAUAGUUUCAAUCACAGAUAACACACAUGUGUCAUGGAAUCCACCAAGAGCAAGGAAAGCAAGGAGAUUGUAAAUCAUAUUGUAAAUAUUUAUUAAAUUAUAGUUAAAAUAAAAUAAAAUUGUCAUAUACAAAA